UCAUAACACGAAUAUAAGUCGGUGCGUGGUAUACAUGGCUAUUCUAAAACCCGUUGCUCAUUCAAAUUCACGUAAGAAAACAGCUUUGUAAGCGUCAUAAGUGUUAUCGGCGUUUAAGAAUGCGGUCUCACUAGUAUUCAUUCCGACUAGCUUCAGUUUGAUCUCCGCACGCUUUGUGAGUUGCUGAACCUGUGAUUAUUUCUCCACAUUCUCGAUAUUUCUAAAAUGCACGAGACAAUACGUAAUCAGUUGGACCGAGAUGGGUUUGCCGUUUUGGAGGAUUUUCUACGACCAGCAGAAUGCGACGAGCUGGUUGCAGCGGGAAUUGAAAUUACAAAACAAAUCCAAGAUGGUACCCAUAAAUCCGUGUUUUCAGCUAAUUUAGAGAAUCCCGCAACAAAGGAUAAAUAUUUCUUAGAGAGCAAUGAUAAAAUAAGAUAUUUCUUUGAAACAGACGCUCUGGAUGAAAAUGGUGAACUGAAAGUGGACCCCAGCGUUUCCCUCAAUAAGGUCGGGCACGCUCUUCACCUCCUGCAUCCAAUCUUCAGAUGUUACACAUACAGCGAUCGGGUCAAGGCCGUCUGUCAACAACUAGGUUUCACAGAACCAGCUGUCGUACAGAGCAUGUACAUUUACAAAAAUCCCGGGAUCGGUGGAGAAGUGAAGCCUCACCAGGACAUUACAUACCUACACACUGAUCCUGUCGCACCAAUUGGGUUUUGGAUUGCUUUACAAGAUGCGACAAUCCAAAAUGGUUGUCUCUGGAUGUUGCCGGGAUCUCACAAAUCAGGUGUACAUAGGAGAAUGAAGAGAACACAAGAAGGGACUCUGGACUAUGACCGACCAGCUCCAAUAUACCCACAGUCCAGUUUCACGCCAGUACCUGUCAGUAAAGGCAGCUGUGUAUUACUUCAUGGUAAUGUGGUCCACAAGAGCGCACACAACAGUUCAGAUAAGAGUCGGCACGCCUACACGUUUCAUAUUAUUGAGAGAAAGAACAACAACUUCUCACAGGAUAAUUGGCUUCAAGAGGGCAAGGAGGCACCGUUCGUAAAUAUUUACACAACUUCGCAGAUAGCAUAAUGAAUAUACCAUUUUCGAAAUAAUACAUUUAAUUGAUUCUAAUUAUUUUUAUUUCUCUUUGGGCUGAACGAAGAAAACUAUGUAAGGACCUCUCUACUUUGAAUCAUCAUAAUUAUUAUCAUUUAGAUAAGACCGAUUAUAGUUUUGCUUUUAGCACAUUCCUCACGAUGCUUUCCUUCACCGUACGAGCAAGUGUGAAUUGCGCAUAUAGAAAAAUAACUAUGUUCGUGUAGCCGGUGUCUGAAAAAACCUCAGCUAUGCUUCUUAUUUCAACCUCAAAGAGAUUAAGUAAGGGGAUUUUAAUAAUACUUCUGAACAUGCAACGAGAAUUAAUUUACGCUUCGAGUAGAAUAUCAUGAAUUAUUUGUGAAAUAUGUGCAUAAUUUUUUAAUCAUAGGGAGAACGUACAAAGCAUUAGCGCUACAUUAAUGUCGUUUUUACCUUUUUAAAAAGUACUAGCUUCGUUCGUAUGAAACGUAAGGUUUCGAUUUAAAGGACUUUGGAAUAUGGAAGAGGGUUCGAGAAAGUUAUUCAAUCAUGAAGUAUUAGAGGUUGGUAAACGUUGUUUAAUAGUUGUAUAAAACGACACUUUAGUGGGCGAUGUUUAACCGAUUUUUCAAGUAGUCCUCAUAUUUUCCAUAUCUCAUGGAAAAUUUCUUUGAAAUCUACAAUAUAAUCCAUUAUACUUUAUUAUAUUAAAAACAAUAUAAGAGGCGAAUCAUAAUGAACAGAAGUAUGAUUGGUUACAGAACAAUUAAAUUGGCUAAUAUUGAAGAUUUUUCGAACUUUUUACCCUUACUUUUUCUCUUAGUAAAUUAAAAUAUUGACGACGGAUUAUUUUCGCCAUUUGUUACAGGACCUAAUUAUUAUGUUAUUAGCUGAGUUAUAUCGAGUGAAUCUUAUUAAUGACUUUUACAAGUUUUCUUAUUAAACUUAACUCAUCCUGUAAUAAGUUUGCUUCCAUGCAACCUUUAGAUGCUCAUUCCUGGAAAACUGUGUCCGCUGAACCGGAUAAAGGAUUUGCGCUGCAGAUUUUUAAUGGGAUGUAAGUCGCAUUUGUUUACUUGAAAUUUUUUGUAUGUAAGCAAAUAACCUUUGUAUUUUAAUAGUACUCAGAGUGGUUCAUUUACUUAUAUAGGUAUAAUAAUUGUAUUUAAUAUUCGAAAACUGUGCAUGUCGGAUUUGAAAUCAAAUGUUUACUAAUUCGUUUAUAAGGCAGCGAAAGACUUUAACUUAAUGAACGACUCUGAGUCAGGAACUAAGUGCUCGUGUAAGUCCGACAGGAAUUAGCGGUACUACUAUUUUUAUUAAUUUAUUUUUUUCGUUUAAUCUAUUGUUAGAGAAAUAAGUCCUUUGGAAACAAAAAACUGUAACGAUAUAGAAUAAUCAUAAAAGUGUAAAUACCUGAUUAUGAUCAGCUUGAUGUAAGCUAUUUUAUAUCUUAGUUUUAAAAAUAUCAUACCAGCGAUUGCACUUGUGAUAUUUUUCAAUAAAGAUUCUUAUUUUGUC